AUGAAACAGAACGACUCUGCGCUAGUUGAUCAUCGCUACGACGACGACUAUUACCUCAACUACGCCCACCAAUAUAUCGACUUCACCUACAAUAACCCGACGCUAUUCCAUGCUAUCAGCCACUUUUCCCAUCAAUUGAAGUCCAAGGGAUUCAAAUAUUUGGAUGAAAAAGACAAUUGGAGUGAUAUUGGACCGGGGAAGUACUUUACCGUGAGGCUGGGGCUGCUGCUCUCGGCAUUCAUUAUUGGCGACCAGUGGCUGCCCAAACGGGGCGUGGGGUUUAUCGGUACCCAUAUCGACUCGUUGACGGCGGUAUUAAAGCCUAAACUGAUUAAAAACGAUAAAGACGGCUACCAGCUCCUUGGGAUUGCUCCUUAUUCGGGGGGUCUUUCUCCUGUGUGGUGGGACCGUGAUUUAGCCAUUGGCGGUCGCCUAUGGGUCAAAGAUAAGGAUGGAAAAGUUAUUCCCAAGCUAGUUGAUUCCUCGCCUCACCCGAUUGGCCAUAUCCCGUCGUUGGCGCCUCAUUUCGGUACCCCUUCAAAAGGACCAUUUAAUAAGGAAACCCAGGCUAUCCCAGUUAUUGGCUAUGGUAACAAGCAAGACGAUGCUACUGACGAAGAAAAAAAGGCUCCAUUGUAUGGGAAACACUCGCUCCAGUUGUUACGCUACAUUGCCCAAUUAGGUAAGGUGUCAGUCAACGACAUUAUCCAGUGGGAUAUUCAAUUAUACGACGUGCAAAAGGGGGCCAUUGGUGGUCUCGAUGACGACUUUAUCUUUGCUCCCCGCGUCGACGAUAAGGCGUGUCUGUACGCCGCCAUUUACUCGUUGCUUGAAGCUGACCACGAAAAAUUACUAAAAUCUGAUGGGUUAUCGAUGGUAAACUUAUACGAUAACGAGGAGAUUGGAUCGUUAACACGCCAAGGAGCCGAAGGCGGUUUAUUUGAAGCCGUAAUCACGAGAAUUGUCGGUGCUUAUUUGGACAAUCAAGCGUCAGUGGCAGAUGCUUUAAGGGUAGUAUACGCUAAUCUGGUAUUGCUUUCAGCCGACGUUGUCCAUUUGGUAAACCCCAACUUUGACCAGUUAUAUUUGGAGGGCCACAAGCCGGUACCGAAUAAAGGGAUGACCAUUGCUCUUGACGCUAAUGGAGCCAUGGCCACUGACUCAGUGGGAUUAAGCCUUAUAGAGGAGGUGGCUCGUAAGAAUGGUGACGACGUGCAAUACGCCCAUAACCGUAACGAUACCAGAGACGGCGGCACUAUUGGUCCGACAAUUCUGGCCAAUACGGGAGCACGAACUAUUGAUUUGGGGAUCCCACAAUUGUCGAUGCACCUGAUUCGAGCCACUCUUGGCGUGAAGGAUAUUGGCUUGGGUAUCAAGUUUUUCAAAGGGUUCUGGCAAUUCUGGAGAGAAACCUAUGAUUUGUAUGAUGGGUUGGUGUGA